AACAGCUGAUUUUACCAAAAUACUUACCACACGUGUGCCACUUUUUAAGUUAUAUUGUUUACACUUUUUGGGAAUUACAGCUUACAAUGGGCAAACACAAGAAAACGCAGAAGGUGAAGAAACAACGCAAUGCACAGCUUAAGCGCAUCAUGAAACCCACAGACGCCCGUCUAAAGGAUCAGAUUCGAGUGAAAAGAAAGAAGGCUGAGGAUCCACACCAGAUCAAGGUGCACGAGGCCACCCAGCAGAGCUCCGCCCUAUUCUUCCAGUACAACACCCAGCUGGGACCGCCGUACCACAUCGUUCUGGACACGAACUUCAUUAACUUUAGCAUUAAGAACAAACUGGAUAUUGUUCAAGGUAUGAUGGACUGUCUGUAUGCCAAAUGCAUACCCUACAUUUCCGACUGCGUGCGUGCCGAGCUGGAAAAGCUGGGCAACAAGUACAAGCUGGCCCUGCGCAUUAUCUCCGAUCCCAGAUUCGAGCGACUGCCGUGCCUGCACAAGGGCACCUAUGCGGACGACUGCCUCGUGGAGCGGGUGCGCCAGCACAAGUGCUACAUUGUGGCCACCAACGACAAGGACCUCAAGAAUCGCAUCCGCAAGAUUCCCGGUGUGCCCAUCAUGUACGUGGCUGCACAUAAGUACGCGAUUGAGCGUAUGCCAGAAGCGUAUGGAGUCAAGGCGUAGAACCUUUUUUACUUUUUUUCCUAAGUGUACAUUUUUAAAUAUAUUCUUAUAUGUAAGCAGCAAGCAGUGCGUUUCGUAUUUACUGAUGUUUUUUACUAGCAUGCUUUUAUUGCAUUGUCUGGAUUAGCAAAGGAGACAUAAGCUAUAUGUCCUGCUUAACUCCCAAUAAAUUUUAUUAUUUUACAAAUA